CAGGUUUCUUACCUGUGAGGGUGAGUUUGUGCAUAAUUCAUCAUUACUCUAUUGGUAAAAUGAUCCCAAAUAAAAUAAUGGGCUAAGGUAGAUUGGACUGCUGAUAGCAUUUUAGGAAGCAUCUGAGGCACUCCAGAAGUUCUCCAACCAUUUGUUUGGCUAUUUUCAUAUGCCAUAGUAGCCUCAUUGACAGUAGGCUAGGCCUAGGCAGUAGGCCUAAGCAUAUUAUUAUAUUAGCCUACUUCAUUUGGUUAGCUCUUUUUAGGCCUAUUUAAAAUCGUAGGCCAUUUUACAAAACAGGCCUAGCAAAUCUGAAAUAGACCGAUGGCGCGCUUGUUCAUGUCAAGAAUAACAUUCAGCACUGGGGGCUGCACCCUAAAGAUCAGAUAGGCUCAUUGACAGUAAUCUAUUUACUCUCAAUGAAUAGGCUACUUCUCCAGCUGUUCCCUCUCGCCGUUCUGGCGUUGGUAUGAUAAUCGAUAAUGCGAAACAGCAAUCGAUUAACUUUGCCUGAGGAGUGCUGAAGUCACGUGUAGCCGAAUGCCGCUUGCGAAAGGAAACGCCUGGGCAUCAUAAAGUUCUGUGGAAGUUUGUGCGUCUCUGCUUGAAGGCUUCUAUUUGUUUUGUUUUCACGAUUAUUUUUUUCCACCAGCGUCUACUUCUAACUCCCGAAGGAAGAACGUAACAUGCAUCAACUACUGAAUCGCAACUAAUCACGUAGAACUAGGUCUAAUUGGACGCAUUGACAUGUGUGUCUGUGAGGUGAGCCUCCUGAUCUGAAGAGGCAGACCAUGGCAACACAGUUCAGCAUUGAUGAUGCAUUUGUGCUGGAGGGAGAGGAGGAGUGUGUUGGGCCAGAGGGAGACCUUGAAGGAUGGAAAGGAAAGGAGAGAGAGAAAGAUGGAGAGAUGACAUUUGGAACGCUCUCCUUUACCAAGCCACAGACUCACCCAGCCACAGCAACAGGCUCCCCUGAACACAGUAAUUUGAAAUAUCAGAACCUGGAAAAUGAAGACGGCCUGGGGAACAGUGGCGGCUCCACGUUCAACAACUUCUUCAAAAUUAGCGACCCGGCCACUCUCUCCUACUGCAGCUCCCAGUGGUCCUUCAGCACAUUGAGCUCUGUCACUCAGCUCUCUGCACACUGCUGCGGUUGGACAUCUCAUCCACUGGUGAAGAAAAACAGACGGGUUGUUCUAGCCUCAUUCCUCCUCCUCAUCACUGGAGUGGCUCUAAUAUUUACUGGCAUCGUCAUCCAGCUAAACCCUCAUGCAGGUGUCUCCAGUGCCAUCUUUUUUGUUCCUGGAUUUUUGCUUUUUAUUCCAGGGGUCUAUCACGUGAUCUACAUAAGCUGUGCUGUCCAAGGGCGUCGAGGCUUUAAGUUCUUCUACCUGCCAUACUUUGAAAAGUAACCGCUCACUCAAGUUUGCCUUUCUUCUAUUCUUCCAAAAUACCAAUGGCUCCUCGGUGUAUCUGAGUGAGUGGGCACUUCUCAAAGUAAAGUGUUAGAGCCUUGCUAGAACGAGUAACGCCCGUUUUUCAUGGAUUUCACCAAAGACUGUCCAACAACUAGUUCUAAGUGUAAUUAAUAAUUGGAUACUCCUUGGAAAAAUGAGCAUUACUCUUCCUAGCAAGGUUAGGACACCUCACUUUGAGAAAUACCCAGUGUGAAUAUAUGUGUGUAUGUGUGUUUGAAUGUGAGAAAGCAUGCGUGAGGAAGGAAUUCCACUGUUGUAUGAACUACCACUACUAACACAGAACCACUGUGCCAAUCAGUAUACUUCCAAUAUGUCUUGAAGGGAAGGAAUUGCUUUAAAUGCUUAUGAAUUUGCGCUAAAAUUGUGACACUAAAUUUUUAAUGCAUUUUUAUACUGUAACAACCAUUUUAAACUUGCUUUUAUUGUUUUUUUAAUAGGUUAGUUUUAGUUACCAAAUACAUUUUUUAAAACAGCCUGUUUCUUAGAAAUGUUAUGAUUGUAUAGAGGUGCCAUACAUGUGGUUGUUUGAAAUGACUACGUAAGAAAAAAACCUAAAUCAGGUAUUGAUAUGUUGAACACACCAGUGUGUUAAUACAUUAUCUGCUAGAACUUUGUGCUCCAACCACCAACUUGCUGUUUUAAGACAUUCUGUUUUAACUGCAUUGACAUUCAGUUUGUAUAAAACAACGAGGAGCAUUCCAAACAGGUGGUUCAAUAGAAAACCUGGUUUACCUGGAAGAAGCGGUCAUUCGGCCGAUGUAAGAGCUUGUAGUCCUCAUUUUGUUCUCAAAAGCAGGACCACAUUUCUCGAAAGCAUUGUUGCUAACCUGUUAGCAACUUCAUAGGUUUCCAGUGGGAAAUUGCAUUGCAACCAAGUAAGUUGCUAACUUGGUUAGCAAUGACGCUGUGAAGAAACGCACCCCAGGGUAACAGGUUUGCCAUUUUCUAUAGGUUAACUUAGCCAGGUUUAUGACUUGUUCUUGGAAUAGCCCUCUGAUAUACACUCACCAUUAUGUAAAAUGACAUUUUGUGGUCCAGUUAUUGAAACCACUCUCUCGUGUUGUCAUAAAAUACUGUUGUUAAUCAUUUAUUUUUAUCCAAUGGUGGUCCCAAAACGUCUAGUGUGCAGCAUGUAUACACAUCCAUGCGUUACCACACAUUUGGCAGUUAUCCGACACUGAAAGACAUAUCGUUUGAGAUUCAUGUUUAAGAAGGAAAUUGUGUUGUCUUCCACAGGAUGUUGAACUUGGCAGUCGUAGGUGGCUUAGUGAUGUGGUGAUAGAUUUGAAAGCAUCUCCCAGUAAACGGGUGAUGCACUGACCUCUAUGACCUUGGAGAGCCCCGUAAAUCAAAUUUUGUACUAAAAAAAAGUCAUGUCAUUUCAAGUUUUAAAUGUGACGAGUUGUGUAUUUUCUCCAUGUUGUGCCAUGUAAGCCACUUGUCCUUUAUUAAGUGUUGUGCAAUCUCGCAUUGUAUUUAUCAGUGUGUUCCAUGUGUUUGAACUCCUCACUUGUGCAGCAUUAACUUAUGUCUUGGGCCUCCUUGCUCUCGACAAGCUGCUUGUUCGGCAGACAGAUACCUUAGGUGUCCAGAAUGCCUGAGGACAUUCCACUUUCAUGUAAUGAUUUCUUUUUCUAUAUGCUGCCAAUAAAAUGUGAUGACGUAUGUACUAUA